AUGCAGUUUGAUUUGGUCUCCGCCAUCCGGGAAUCUAUCGCUCGCUCGUCGGUGUCCUGGUCUCCUCAGCAUGUGUAUGGUCACCUUCACAAGACCCUUCUCUUUCAGGAACUGACUUGGUGGGAGCAGAAGAACCUGGAGGUCGAUGGACUGGCUGUGGAGUUUUGCAGGGAGAUUGAGGCCAAUCAUCAGCUGGUUGCACCUAACCCUUGGUUCUUCACGGAACUCGCCGCCUUGUUUGUCGUGGACUCCAAACAGUCCCGUCUUGAUAAUCAGCUCAUUCAGGAACAUGUUGCAUUACCCAGUCUUCAGGAGCGCUGGUGUGAGAAACUGUUGGAGAUCGGUUCUGGCGGACAUCAGACUGCUUGUCUUCGUCCAAACCGAUUGACAAAGUUGUGGCCAAACAAGCCAUAA